AUGCCAUGGAUGCUAACAGGCAGCUCUCUGAUGGGAUACUUACGGCAGAUGCCCAAGACUUGGCUAGGAUCCAUGAUUGGCCUGGCGAAAAAGAUCACCCAGUGUGUGCAAAAUCACUACAGGGACAAUAAAAUUGUUGCCCCUAGACAACCAACUGUGAUCAACAACUACAUGUCCUGCCCUCUGCCACAAGAGGCAACAGCCUCAGCAAUCAGGUGCAGCAAGGAGCAGGUGCUGUCAAUGCUCAACAAUCCAAUUACAACUUAUUGCUGGAUGUUGUGGCUAGCUUGCCUAGCAGAGCUCUUGCACCGCAAGACUGGCACCAACCCUGA